AUGAACGCCCCCCUUCCGUCGACCCGCAGCUUUCUCUCCGACCUCCCAUCCCACCCGAUUGACUCGAAAGUCCGAUUCCUCGGCUGCGUGAGAACCUACCUGACCCCCACAGGGCACCUCAUCCUAGAGCACAACUACCCCCACCGUAAACCUCCGCAGCAGCCUCCGUCUGUGCUGGUCGACAUCAAUGCCGUGCUGGAAUCCGUCACAUCAACGGAACUGCGCGUGGGGGCGUGGGUGAGCGUGCUUGGGUAUGUGCGAAGGCGAAGAAGAGAUGCAGCCGAUGCUGAUGCUGCACCUGCCUUCGUGUUUCCAGAUGUAUAUAUCGAGGCGGUGCUGGUGAUUCCGGCGGGGGCGGUCGCGCUGGGGGAGUAUGAGCGGAUUUUGCAGGAGUCGUUGGAGGUUGAACGGCGGGUGAGGAGA